UAUGCAGAAUGCCUUUGCUCACAUAAUUUUUUUUAGAGAAUUUGCUCAAAUAAAUUUGGUAUAACCAUCCAUAACCUUGUGCAGCGUUGUUAAGUUUGGACUAAACCGAACUUGGAAAUCUCUUUGGAGGAGGAAGCCGCGCCGGCGCCGCGGAGAGCAGGCGUAUGUCUGCGUGCUUAUUUCAUUCCAUUAGCAGGUGAUCCCUUCCGCAGUUCCGCUAGCCGAAAAAGCAGCGUGUUUCCUCUCCGACUGCCACACCUUUUUCAACGGAGGCCGGCUACGCUUUUCAAGUUUUGAAUGAUCAAACCAUCCAUCCCGUGCCGUCCGGCUGCUCGGCUGGCUCGUCUCAUCCUAGCCGCAGUGGCAACAGGUUGCGUACGCCGGCGCGGCGACUGGACAGCACGCAGCACAUGCGCUAUCUGCGAUCUCGAGUUCUCGACCUCGACAGCGAUGGCGCGAAAAGGCUGGAAGCGACGAGGGCGUUCUUCCACACCAGCCGUUCCGAAGACGCAGAUUUGUACUAUUGUUGAUGAGUUGGGGAACACGGGCUUGGUCUUACUGCUGUUUGAGACACCCUCUGGAUUUGCCAUAUUCAACAUUGAUGGUGUCCAAUUGUUUCUACCAAAAGCAGAGGAGAACAUCUGGGCAAACUAUGUCAAAGAUUAUAUGACAUACCGCGUUAUCUGGCUGAAGGAAUUCAAGACUUUCAAGGACAAGUCCAAUGCAUUUAACCACACUGGUAUGAACAGUGAGCUUGCCCAGAUGAUCAAGAAAUGGCAUCUCCCAGGUCAAAAAUUAGCUGUUGGAAAGCAGGAGCAUAAAUCAAUCAUUGAACAGAAGUUGAAAAUAUCCUGCCUUUUUAAUGAUGCUGUGAUGGAGGUGAUGUGGGGCAUAAAACAUCUCAUGAAGAGUCUAGUGCCUCAGGAAGAAUCUGAGCUGCCUAUGGAAGAGCGCCUUCAGAUGAGUUAUGGAUUGAAGACUGUGCUGAAUCGUCAUGGUUUCAGUGUUAAACCAGAGAUGGUUAAUGAGCGUAUUAUUGAUACAGCAUGUGUCCUGUAUGACUGUGAUUUAUGUGAGACGAAGCAUUCUGAAUUCUUGCUUAGUGCUGGUGAGUGCAUUAUGGAGGUAUCAGGUAUUGCGUGUCAGGGUUGGAGCUUAAUGAAAAUUGCAACAGCUCUCAAGGUUUUAUAUGAUCCUGAAACUGACAUUGUAUAUGAUGAUCCUGAAUCGAUGUUAUCGAAGGACGAGCUACUUAGGUUGAAAGCUGACGCACGUCUGUAUGAUGGUAAGCUACUGAAGCGUACCGGCGCGGCAGUCUACAAUGAAAUUGUGUGGGCCCGUGAAGUCAAGGAUGAUGCAACAAGACUAUUGAACAUUUUGGUCCAUGACGAUGGACAUGCGGCCCUGCCUCAGAAUUCAGUGCCACCGGGGAGAGGAGAUCACGCACUGACCCUUCUGUCCUUGGAGGUUGAGAAGCAAGAAGGUCGACAUAUGGGAAUGCCUGAGAAUCCACCUAUGCCACUGGGGAGAGCAGGAUCUAUCUCCGAGCCUGCUGUCCAGGAAGUUAAGCAGGAAAUGGUAUGAGUGCCACAUUUGAUGCAGUAGUGCUUAGACAGAUGCGUUUGUUCUGUUCAUGCGUCUUGGACAUGACUUGAAGUCAAUCAUAUGAUGUGAUUUUCACUGCUUAUGCUC